CUCUGCAUGUGUGGGCAUGCAAAUCGGGAUAGCUGCGGCAUCCUGACCGCUCGGCGCGCCGCCCUGGUAUAAAUCGCGUCCUCGAGGGGGUCGUAUGGUAGGUCGGCUCUCCUGCUAAUCAUCCACGCGCCAGGAUGGCCCGCACGUUCCCUCUCCGCUGCGUGUCCACCUUCAGCUUGCUGCUCGUCGGUUCGCACUUCCUCGGAGCGGCUGCGUUCGACCUUUCCCUCCGGGACAAUGUCGCUGUGUACUGGGGACAGGAUUCUUAUGGGGCGACUCACUCGGAUUACGCCAAUUUCCAGCAGCCAAUCUCAUACUACUGUCAGGACGACGCGAUCGACGUGAUCCCGAUUGCCUUCGUCAAUGACUUCUUUGGCACUGGCGAUUACCCCGUUCUCAACCUAGCGAAUACUUGCAACACUACCAAUGCGGAGUACUUCAAUGGCACCAACCUUUUGGACUGCUCCUUUCUGGCGUCGGACAUCGAAUACUGCCAGAACCAGGGCAAGGCUGUGACCAUCAGUCUGGGAGGCGGCGGUGCCAGUGUCGGAUUUACUGACGACUCCGAGGCCGAAUCGUUCGCGGACCAAAUCUGGAAUCUCUUUCUUGGUGGCUCCAGCGACUACCGUCCGUUCGGUAGCGUUGUUCUCGAUGGAGUUGAUCUCGACAUCGAAGGGGGUUCGGAAACGGGAUAUGCGGCCUUCAUUGCGCAGCUUCGCACUUACUUCACCAGCGCGGACAAGAGCUUUUACAUCAGCGGCGCACCUCAGUGCGAAUACCCCGAUGAAUACCUUGGAAGCGCGCUGAAUACGGCCUGGUUUGACAUGGUUUAUGUGCAGUUCUACAAUAAUCCAUGUGGCUUGCAAAACUUCGACGAGGCCUCGGGCUGGGACUACGGUAUAUGGGAUAUCUGGGCGCACAAUACAAGUCUGAACCCAGACGUCAAGAUAUUUGUCGGUGCACCUGCCUCGAGUACAGCGGCAGGAACUGGAUACCAGACUUCCGACGCACUCUCAGAUUAUGCGGUAUCAACGCGUAACGCAUUCCCGUCUUUCGGCGGUGUCAUGAUGUGGGAUGCAUCUCAAGCCUAUCAGAACGAUCGCUAUGAUUUGGCCAUCAAGAACGCGCUGGUUGCUGCUGGAGGCACUGGUUUUACUUACCCACCUUGCGACGCCGAGGAAUGGCAGAGUGGCGCUGACUAUCCAGGAGGCACAAACGUAUCAUACAACGGCUACAUCUGGGAGUCUAAGUACUAUGCCUCCGAUGAGCUGACUGCAAACUACCAGGGCGACUGGUCACCUCGAAGCGCAUGCUCCGGUGGGUCUACCACACCCACCAGUUCGACAAGCGCAGCCUCUUCCACCGCGACUACCGGUACGGGUAACUGCGUGGGCGUAUCUGCAUGGUCCAACAGCGCGGCAUACACGGGUGGCUCGCAAGUAACCUACAACGGCAACUUGUGGACGGCCCAGUGGUGGACGGAGGGCGAUACGCCCGGAGGGUCCGCUGGUGUAUGGGUCGAUGAUGGAGCUUGCUCGUCCAGCGCCGCCGUAGCGCGCGACGUCCCUGACCCGACGCUCAUCGCACGCGCUCGCUCACGCUUCUUCCGUUUCUAAGUGGAAGAGGUACCGUAUCUGGUAUCUGUUGAUCGCUUGUCCUCUCGAGCGGUCAAGACGGGAUUGCCGAGCAUCCCGUCUCUUUUAUUCGUGGCAUAACGGGCGUG